UGCGCGGACGGACGUGCCCCGAGAGCCGCAGCCGCCCGCAGCCGAGCCGCGCCGCGCCGCCGGGCCGCGCCCGCCCGCCCCCCGCCAUGGUGGCGUGGAUCAUCUCCAGGCUGGUGGUGCUUAUAUUUGGCACCCUUUACCCUGCGUAUUAUUCCUACAAGGCUGUGAAAUCAAAGGACAUUAAAGAAUAUGUCAAAUGGAUGAUGUACUGGAUUAUAUUUGCACUUUUCACCACAGCAGAGACGUUCACUGACAUCUUCCUUUGCUGGUUUCCAUUCUAUUAUGAACUAAAAAUAGCAUUUGUAGCCUGGCUGCUGUCUCCCUACACAAAAGGUUCCAGCCUCCUCUACAGGAAGUUUGUGCAUCCCACGCUGUCUUCAAAAGAAAAGGAAAUCGAUGAUUGCCUGGUCCAAGCAAAAGACCGGAGUUACGACGCCCUUGUGCACUUCGGGAAGCGAGGCUUGAACGUGGCAGCCACCGCGGCAGUGAUGGCUGCUUCCAAGGGACAGGGUGCCUUAUCGGAGAGACUCCGGAGCUUCAGCAUGCAGGACCUCACCACCAUCAGAGGAGACGGCACCCCUGCUCCCCCGGGCCCCCCACCCCCAGGGCCCGGGCGGGCCAGCGGCAAACACGGCCAGCCUAAGAUGUCCAGGAGUGCUUCUGAGAGCGCUGGCAGCUCAGUGUGUACCUGCUGCUCCACCUGCAGGACCCGGAAAGUGGUUGAGGGAGAUGUGAAUGAGGGUGGUGUGAAGGCAUGGGAGCCCCACCAGGUCCAAAAUCCACUGGCGUUUUCUGACGAGGAGGAGGAAGACUUGCUGGAUUUCAUGUACAAGUAUAAGGCACCUCGAAAGACGGAGUUCCCCCUGGAGGCACCGCCUAGAAUCCUUCGAUCUCGCUUCAGGAAGAAAAGUACCUCAUCCUCGGCCACUGAAACCACGUGAGUGAGAUGAGCCAACAGCACCGGAUCCACAGAAUGUUCCUCCUCUGCCUUAAAGAGCUAUUUAUUCACUAAUAACAUAGAAACCCGCAAGCUGGUGUGCUGAGUGCGCAGCCUCGGACAUGGCCUUUUCUCUCUCCCCUCUGCCGCUUUGAAGAGUUUUUCCCCCCUCUUUCCUUUUCUUCAUUUUGCUGGGGAGAGGCUAAAAAGGGAAAGGUAGUGUGCAGGCGGUGUGACCUUUGUCUUCUGAGGUUAGUAAUUUUCCACAGUUGGAUUGUCAUUGCAGACAGCAGUGUUUUUAGAAAUAGAAGAGAACCCCCCCCCUGCACUGCUGAGAUGUACAUUUGUAAUUUAUUUGUUGCAUACUUCGUUUUCAAUCCUGUAUAUGCAAACAAAGCAAUUUUUUAA